CCAAAUACAUAUGGGAAAAGAAAUCCCCAUCUGACAUCUCCACCGCCAGUCUAGCGCUGGCUUCUUGCACCACUCAUCCGGCGGGCCAACAGAACACGUCUGCAAUGGCGCCGACGGAGGACUCAAUUAUUGCUACGUCAUCGCCGCCGCACUUUGUCCUCGUCCCCCUCGCGGCGCCGGGCCACAUGAUCCCCAUGGCCGACCUCGCGCUCCUCAUCGCGGAACGCGGCGCGCGCGCGAGCCUCGUCACCACGCCCGUGAACGCGGCGCGGCUGCGCGGCGUCGUGGAGCGGGCGCGGCACGCCAAGCUCCCGCUAGAGAUAGUCGCGCUCCCGUUCCCGCCGCCCGCCGCCGCCGGAGACGAAGACGACGUCGUCCUUCCCCCGGGCUUCGAGAACAUCGACCAGAUCAAGGACAACAGCCACUUCCUCCCCUUGUUCCAGGCCAUCCACCGCCUCGCCGGCCCGCUGGAGGCCUACCUGCGCGCACAGCCCCAGGCGCGCCGGCCCAGCUGCAUCGUCGCCGACUGGUGCAACUCGUGGACGGCCGCCGUGGCGACGCGCGUCGGCGUCCCGCGCCUCUUCUUCCACGGGCCUUCCUGCUUCUACUCGCUCUGCGACAUCAACGUCGCCACCGCCGCCGAACACGGGUUAGUUCCCGAGGACGAGAGCGAGGCGUACGCGGUGCCGGGCAUGCCGGUGCGCGUGGAAGUGACCAAGGCUACGGGGCCUGGGUUCCUGAACUCGCCCGGGUUCGAGGCGUUCCAGGAGGAGGCGAUGGAGGCCAUGCGCACGGCGGACGGCGCCGUGGUGAACACGUUCCUGGGCCUCGAGGAGCAGUUCGUGGCGUGCUACGAGACGGCGCUGGGAAAGCCGGUGUGGGCGCUGGGCCCGUUCUGCCUCGUCAACAACAGCCGGCAAGACGUGGCCUCGCGCGGGCACGACGAGUCCUCCGGCGCCGACCUCCAGAGCGCGGUCACCGCGUGGCUCGACGCCAUGGAGCCCGGCUCCGUGGUGUACGCCAGCUUCGGCAGCCUCGCGCGGAAGCUCCCCGGACAGCUGUUCGAGGUCGGGCACGGGCUCGAGGACUCCGGGAAGCCGUUCCUGUGGGUCGUGAAGGAGUCCGAGGUGGCCUCGCCGGAGGCGCAAGCGUGGCUGGAUGCCCUGGAGACGCGCACGGCGGGGCGGGGACUCGUGGUGCGCGGCUGGGCGCCGCAGCUGGCCAUCCUGGCGCACGGCGCCGUGGGCGGGUUCGUGACCCACUGCGGCUGGAACUCUGUGAUAGAGUCCAUGGCGCACGGCGUGCCGGUCGUGACGUGGCCGCAUUUCGCCGACCAGUUCCUGAACGAGAAGCUGGUCGUGGACGUGCUCGGCGCCGGCGUGUCCGUCGGCGCGGCCGUGGCGCCCGUCAAGCUGUUCGAUGACGAGGCCGUGCUCGUGCUGCGGGGCGACGUCGCGAGGGCGGUGUCGGAGCUCAUGGGUGAUGGGGAGGCGGCGGAGGAGAGGAGGAAGAAGGCCAGGGAGUUCGGGGAGAGAGCGCAUAGAGCCGUGGAGAAAGGUGGGUCGUCGUAUGAGAACCUGACGCGGCUGAUACAGAUCUUCGGGGAAAAUGGCCGCAGCCCGCAAGGAAACCUGAAACUCUGACGUUGAUGAACUGCCGAAGGAACGGUAGGGAACAACAAGUACAACUGCUACGAGAGCAGCAUUUUAGAACCAGCAUUGCACUGCAGAUGAAUUUGCUGUGUUCUAUGGUUCUGAUCCUUCUGGAUGAACUCUUCAGGAAAAAAAGGUUAUGUAUGAAGUGACUGCAUGCUUCUAUGUUGCUUGCCUCCUCGUUUUGGGUUUCUCAAUCCGGUGAGGAAACAACUUUGAGCAGAACUUUAAUUGCAUGCGAUUUGACGUGUUGGAUUGAGGUACGGUGUAUGCAAAAACAUUUACAGUGUUUGUUUUUCUCUGUUU